CAAAUGGGGGCGUGACCGCCUGCGCCUCGCUCGCACCGCGUCUUUCCCAUACCCACCCGUAUUAUUGCAUCCGCAAUUUGUGCAUUUUCAUGACCCAGUUCAAGGCUCAGUGGGGACGUGACGUCAACUCCGCAACCAACAUCCGGCACGCGCUGGUGGAGAUGCUGCUGGGGCACAAGCGACCUGCAUCGCUGCAGACUGGCGGCGGCAGCGGCGGCGGUGGCGGCGGCGGCGGCAGCAGCGGGGGCGCGUGCGCGCAUCUUGGUAGCGGAGGGGGCGGGAAAGGCCACGUGGAGGAGGAGAGCGCAGCGCCGCCCAAGAAGCGGCGCAAGCGCGCAGGCUGAGGAGCCGGCUGGUGUCUAGGUAGCGAUCCGCGGUGGGGCUGGCAGGGCAUGCAUAGCGGCAUGACAAGUAGUGUGGCUGUUGACAACUGUGCUGCGUCUGGCUACGGUUGGCUCUGCUGUGGCAUCGCGACUGCUAGAUAGGCACCUGGUUUGGCUACGUGCCUGUGGAAACCGACCCCGGCUAUGUCCGGGCGAUGAGGUUGUUCGGCCUCAGACUGUGGAGGGGCUCAGCCCCUUUUCCCGUGACCGGGGAACACUUGUCAUGACCCAGUUCAACAGCCGCUUCUGUGUCACUGGGGUGCGAUGGGACAGGUUAAGGUGUGCGAUGGGACAGGGUAAGGGGCAGGUUGGCGCACGUUGGCGUGGUCGCUAGGGGUCUGGUCUCGAGGGGGACGAGCGAUGCUCAGCUUGGACUAGUGAUGGGCUGAUGGCCUAAUGGGCGAGGGCUUUGUCGGGGCGAGUUGGGAGCUUGCAGUUGGCACAGCUUCGUCAGAGGCUUGAAGUUGCGGGUGAGUGUGUGCUGGGACAGUGUUAAGGGCUCAAGGCACGUUGGUGAAGUCCCGUAGGGUGCAGCUGAUUCCCAGACCCAAGUG